UCGAUUCGAUAUCGAUGGAUCCGAUAUCGAUAUCUGCUCGAACUGAGCGCCCUCAAUGUCAAUGGUAGAUUGGUGAAGUGGCGGCGGAUUGUAGCUCGACAAAAACAGAAAAUACGGAUUCUGAAAAGAUCAAGCCUACAUGCUACCAUGGCAACAAAUGUGACCUUAUGGGUGAACUCUGAUCCCUUCACCUUUGGCACACUUCAAGUUUCACCUCACCCAAAACUUUCUCUACAUUAUCUAAAGAAGAUAGACAGUUAUGUAAAGACCAAAGGUGACUCUGGGUUUCCAAGAUUAAGUUUUCCAGUCUGGAAGCACAUAGCUUGUAACAAACUAACAAUGGCUGAAGAUCUGGCCUGGAUGUAUUUUGAAGGAUUUGAUUUGCUGUGUCACUAUGAACCAGAGGAAAGACUUCAACAAGCAGAACGGUACAGACAAUGUAAAACAAAAAAAGAACAAGAUUCAUUACGGAACCAAACCUCAGUGGAUACAUUACAGUUCCUCCUUUAUCUCUUUAUCCAGCAAGUCCACAAGAUAUCGUUAAGGUCAACAUUAAUGACUGGUGAGGAAUGGCCAACAAGAGCUAGGUCACCUGAUAUUUCUGGUAAAACAUCCUCCACAUCAAAGAUAAAUGUACAGGGUUUGGAUGAAAAUACCUGUCUAAGUUUUGUCCUUAACAAUCUCAAUGACCUGAUGCUGUUGCUCACAGAUACAAUUACUUACAGUGGUACAACUAAUGAUGUUUUAUUGACAAUUGACUCCGUCAAAGCUCUUGGUUUACUGAUUUCUGGUUCAUAUGAUGGCUGCAAGACUGUUCACUCGCUUCAUGAGGUAACGUUGCAACAGCAAGUUCAAGUCAAGUGUGGUUACUCAAAGAUUUCUCAAACAUUUUCCUUUCGUGCAUUUGAAUCAUGGCUUAGGUCAAACCUUGCAGAUAAUCCAUUCGGUGUUGGUAACUGCGUAGCAUCAGGACGAAGGCUGUCUUGGCCAACCACAGGAUGUGAUUCUGAGGGGAAACCAGAGAGUGGGGCUAAAAGGGGGAGAGUUGCAACAAAUGCACACUUUACAACAAGAGAUCAAAAGCUGAUUAUUAUAUCCCAAGUUUGUAAACAAACAUUAGCAAAGAUGUCAACUACGUUAACAAAUUCAAGGGUUAAAGUUCAUCGCUGUCACUAUGCUUUUAUGUAUUUAUUAUCACCUAUGAAAUAUGUAAGUAUUGAAAAAUGUAGGCAUUCGACGAUUGUCCUUGGUCCUGUUGCUACAACAGUGCAUGUGACAAGCUGUGAAGACAUUACUAUCAUUGCGCCAUGUAGACGAUUUAGCAUCAGUGGCUCCACAUUAUGCACAGCUCAUCUGAUGACCCCCACUAGGCCUCUGAUCCUUGGAGGCAAUGAUAGUAUUACUUUGGCCCCUUAUCAUACUAACUACUCGAUGCUGGAAGACCACAUGGCCACGUCAGGCUUAGCAACUCUACCGAAUGUUUGGAACAAGCCUUUGUGUGUUGGUCCAGAUCAUCAGGAGGGUUCACCAGUGUACUCAUUUCUUUCCCCAGAAGAAUUUUUCAUGUUUGUAAUUCCAUUCGAAAUGGAAGGCGAUACAAAGGAAUUCCCUGGCAGCUUGCCAAGUAAAUAUGAAAAUGCGUUAGUGACAAGACAGAAGCAGAUUAAAGAUUGGCAAAGGACAGUGAAGGAAGCAAAGCUGAACCCAGCACAAAAACAGCAAUUCCAAACACUGGUAGAGAGUAGGUUUCAGGCAUGGCUUUUGGAAUCCGGACAUAAAAGACAGGUUGAUGGACUUGUACCGGUACCAUCAUCUCCUACCAAGUGAAGAACAGAAAUAUUCAAGAGGUCAUGAAAUUUUAAGGAGAUCAUGAUGUUGUCACGAUUGAAUCAUGUAGUCAAAAUGCCUUGUGGGAUAAUACAUUGAUAUCUGAAAUGCAUUAUGGGUUAAGACAGCACUUAGUCCAGAUGCUUUAUAGGAUAAGAUAAUUUUCAAGAUGCAUUGUGGGAUAAAAUAAAUUUUUAAAGAUCCAUUUCAGAUAAAAUGAAAAUUUUUCUGAUAAUUAAGUACAUGUAAAUUUAAGAAAAACGAACAAUGCUAAAUAUUAACUUUUACUAAUUUUAAAAGUGCAAUUUUCUUGUGCCUGUCUGCUAUCCAUCUAUCUUCUCUGAGAGCGCGACACCAUCUGCUAAUUUUUGUUGCGUUAUUUUUUUAUUUUGUUAUUUAAAUUUACUUGACGAGGGUGACCCUAACAGCAAUGCUGACUUAUAGAGGCCCUCACACAAAAAUCAAUAUCAAUACGAAAAUACAACAGUAAAUUAAAUUUACUAAGAAAAACACUGGGCAAAAAAAUGCAAAAUUUCCUAAAAUGUUGCAAUAAAAAUAAAAAUUUGUAGAAUUUUAAAAUAGAAUCGUGUCGGCCAAUGACCGUUGUUGAUUACAGGCUAUGGUCUAGAAAUCCUCUUACUAAUUAAUUUACAAUAUUAUUGAAAUAUAUGUUGGGUAAGGUAUUAUAUUUAUUAUUGUACUGUUAAUGCCGAUAAUACACCUUGAUGAUAACAGUAGCAGAUUAGGAUGUACUUAUUACAGUUUUGCAAUACGUUUAUGUAAAGAUUGAGUGCUUAUUUAUCACAGCAAGAUAUCCAACAAUUUUUUUUUUCGUGUAGGGUGGGGUGUGUGUGUGUUUGUUACCAUUUAUACUGUAUAGGUUUUAAUAUCUUAGUUGCAUUUGAUUUUACAGGUAUGCUUAACUGAAUUAUUGCCAUAUUUACAUUACCAGUUGUUUGUAUAAGAUAAUUUGUUACCAUUUUCAUUUAUUGUAUAUGAGUUUAUACAUUUUUUUUUUAUAAAAACUGUUUAUUACAGUUAAUUUGUACUUGUACAGUAUGUUAUUUGAAAUGUGCAAUUGAAAUAAGGAGUUUAAACUUAUUCUAGAAGGGGAGGGGGUGGGAAAUGACUGAAGUUGAUUUAAUUGAAAGCAAAACAAUAUUCAUACUGAAAACAAUCCUCAGAAUUAGAAUUACACAAUUACUACAUUAUAUGCUUGGCAUAGAUCUUUCUAUUCUUAUUUAAAUAGUUAUACUGUAUUGUUUUGACGUGUCUCUGACUGGGAGAAAAAAUGUUUAAAUGCAAUUCCAAUUAAUUGAAUUUUUUAGUAUUCCCCCAGAUUUUACAACAAUAAAGAGACACAAAAUA